AUGGAAAAAAUGUCUGGGGUUAGCUUUUGGAUAAAACACUUUCGCAUUAGGCGUGGGUAGAGCCGUUGCUUGGUAAUGGUUUGGGUUCCAACCUAAACCAAGGGCGGAUAUAGCAAGCAAACUAGGGUUUUAGGCCAGAGAGAGAGCUGAAAAGCAAUCAGAAGCAGAAAUUGAUUGGUUGAGGAAGAGUGGGGAGGAGGAUGAGUACUAUGAAGUUUUGCAGUGGAUGCAACAACAUUCUGUACCCUAUGGAAGACAGAGAUCACAAGGUCCUCCUCUAUGGCUGUCGCAAUUGCCCCCAACUGGAGAGUGCUGUAAGCAAUUGUGUAUACAGAAUCAAAAUAAACCAUGCCGGGGAGCGUGCAAAAGCAAUGUCAGAUGCAGCUUCAGAUCCAACACUCCCACGCACAAAAAAUGUGACAUGUGCUCAGUGUAGCCACUCAGAGGCUGUCUUCUUUCCGGCAACUGGUACUGGAGAAGAAGGAAUGUCACUGUUUUUUGUUUGCUGCAAUCCAACAUGUGGCCACAGGUGGAGGGACUAAAUAUAAGUACUAUAUGAAGGGAAUAUGCAUGGUUGGUUGUCAAGGGGAGACCAUAAUUGGGACCAUUUUCUCCGAUUAAAAAAAAGAACUUGUCUAGCUUUAUUUAGUCGUCCCAAAUGUUCACUUUAUCUUUGUGUUUUCUUGCACUUGCGACAUAUUUAUUAUUAAUGCAUCCCAACCUAGCUUGUUAAUAGUUUUUGUUCUAUCAACGGAUUGUGUCUUUUCCCAAUGGACAAAGAGCCGUGUUUUUUUUGCAUCCC